UCGGAUACACAUAGUUUUGACUCCGUUCAUUGUAGUUAAAGCUUUCCGUGUUUCUGUGUUUGAAAAAUAUUUUAAAGGUUUCGAAGUAAAGGAAUCUAAAUUGUUUUCAAAGAUAAAAUAAGUAUUUUAGAAUAGUCUGUGUAACGGUAAAAAUGGAACUACUGUUUGCAUUUUUUACUGCGUUUCUGUUGUUCGUGCCGCAAUCCAAUACCGAGAUUAUCGACUGUGAUUUCUUCGACACUGUAGAUAUCUCGGAUGGAAAAAGAUUCUCAAAUGGCUCAUACCUGUAUGAGAACCUACUCAUUCCCUCCUAUUUGACGGAUGAAUAUGACUUUAAGCUUCUUUCCAAUGGAUCUAAGGAGGUUGUAGCGAGCCACAUAAGAGGAUGUGUCUGCAAACUAAGGUCCUGUGCCAGGUUUUGCUGCCCCCAUAACCAAAUAAUACAAUGGGGCCACUGCUACAAUAACACGACAACGGAUGAGCUGAACAAUGUCGAUCCUUUCCUGAACGUAACCCUCAACAACGGGUCGGUGGUUAAAAUGCACUUUAGAAAAGAUCUAGUGGUGCAGUGGGAUUUGCCCAAGCCCUGUGAUGAAGAAGAUUUGUACUCUCUAGAUCACCAAGUAGAAAUGGAAAAAUACACAUUGUUUGAGAAUGAAAUUCUUUUACGCCACUUCGACAACGUACAGCUGAACAAGGCGGAAUACUGCCUUCAGCAUCUUAACUUCACAGACGGUAAUAUUCGAAUUGCACCUCACCACUGUCCAAUGGUGCAUGUUAAAGAGGCGUCUAAAAUUGAAAAGACAGUUGUGCUGAUCCUAUCGUUGACAUGCAUGGUUCUUACGAUCGGCGUUUAUCUCUUCGUUAAGAAACUUAGAAAUUUGAAUGGCAAAUGCUUUGUAUGCUACAUGGCCAGCCUGUUUCUGGCCUACUUGUUCCUGCUUCUUGACUUGUGGCAUUUAACAACCGGGAUCUGCCUAACAGCAGGAUUUCUGGGCUACUUUUUCGUCAUGGCUACCUUUUUCUGGCUUUCUGUAAUCAGCCUGGAUCUCUGGAACGGGAUGAAAGGCGUCUUUGUGUUAGAAAAUCGGUUUUUGGCCUACAAUUGCUAUGCGUGGGGAAUGUCGGUGGUCUUGACCGGAAUCACCUAUUUAUCGGAUAAGCUCGUAGAUAACGAGGAUUGGAAUCCUCGUAUGGGCGCCAAAGGCUUUUGUUGGAUCAACACUCAAGAUUGGUCUGCUAUGCUCUACUUCUACGGACCGAUGGUAGUGCUGAUUCUCUUCAACAUGACCUUGUUUAUCCUGAUGGCCAUACCUUUAAUAAGAUCAAAGAUGGAACUGAAGAAAUUCGCCCGCAAGGAUGGCAGAAAGCAGAAGCUGAAAUCGGACAAACAAAAUUACGCACUAUUUCUGCGGCUCUUUAUCGUCAUGGGGUUGACGUGGAGCUUAGAGAUAAUCUCCUACUUAGUGCAGAAUACGAAGUGGGCGGCCAAGGCAUUUCUAGUAGCAGAUUACCUAAAUUGGUCUCAGGGAAUUAUCACAUUUGUGGUUUUUAUUCUGAGACCCAAUACGCUAAAACUAUUAAAGACACAAAUAUUUCCAAAUCAUCAGUGGAGUGGCAUCAGUAUGAAGUCAAGAGUAACCAGAACUACGACUGGGGAAUCCGUAUAUCCUCAAUCAAGCCCAAAGCCUGCUAUUUUGAAGCCGAACUCAAUCUGUGUGUAGAAAUCUACAAAUAUAUUUUCUAUUAUAUCUACGAUUUAAUCUCUUUCACUAAAGUUAAAAAUGAAUUUUUAUCAAACAGACUUUAUGGAUGACUUUGUAUUAGUGUUAUGUUAUAAGUAUGUUUAGUCAUUUCCCCUGAUUCCUAGAAAUAAGAAUGAUUAUAAUAACUAGCAAUCCAGUACAAACAAACAUUCCUUUGUAGAAAGAGGUCGAAAAUAAUCUUUUCAUUAACAAAGCAUUUCCUAUUCAAAACAUUUCAUACAUUUUUAAACGAGAAGCAUGAAGAAUUUUAUCAAACAUAAAUUGAAAUUUCAAUGACGUUGUCAGAAACAUUUCUUUUGAGUGACUAAGCGUAGUUUGAAACAAAUUCUGAUAGUGAAAUAACAGGAUAAUUCUUUUCAGCGGCCGUGAUUUGUUUUACUUUAUUAAUGAAACGUUUUGGGUUUUUUAAUAAUACUCUUUGUAAAAUAAACCAAUGUCAAAGGUCUCACGUAGUUAAAGUGUAAAUUUCUAUUGUGAAAGAGGUUGUAGAACUCCUCCUGAAGAAAGCCAUCUAUCUAAAGGUUUUUCCUUACUUUACUUCUGAACAAUCAUGAGACCAGAAAUGGUAAUACUUAUGCUAUACGAUUUCUCAGGAUAAUAUUUGCUCA